UCCAAGAUGGCGUAGAAAGUAAAGCUAGAUGUUUUGUCCCUGAGUCAUGGCAGACAGGAGAGCGGAGAAGUCAUGUGAAGAAGCCAGCAGAUCGUUAGCCAGGCGGGAGUACGAGGCGGCAGUCAACCACAGCACAGAGGCUCUGGUGGUCCUUGCACCCCAAACCUCACCCUCCAGUGCCCUUGUCCGACAGAGCCCUCCUUCCCUUGUUGCUGCCACGCCCCUUCGCAGCCGUGCCCUGCUCUACCGAAUCGCUGCCUUCCUACAGCUGAAAAACUAUGAUGAAGCAGAUGAAGACUGUAAACAUGUUCUGGCUGAAGAUAUUACUUGGGGAGAUGGUUCCCUACAGGCUAGUUUGCGCUCCAUGCUGUUGGAUGGCAGCCUGCAGGAGGUGGCCAGCAUCCUUUCUAAAGCCUUGUACGGAGAGCCAAUGAAUGGGAUUGUUACAAAAGAUCUGACCAGAUUAAAAAUGCUAUUCUCUGAAAUAGAGGCGAUAAAUAGAGAUAUGGCACCAGAAUACACAGAUGACCAGGAGGAAGAGGUCCACGAUGGCUGGCAGUUCCGGCCUCCUCCCAGAGGAGUCACCAGCAGCGAGGAGUACACGCUCUGUAAAAGGUACUUGGAGCAGGGCCUGUGUCGGUACGGGGCCCAGUGUACAUCGGCCCACUCGCAGGAGGAGCUGAUGGAGUGGCAGAAGCGCUACGCGUCACGGCUCAUUCGCCUCAAACAGCAGCAGGAGAGCAAACACUUCACUGAAAACUACAUGGAAACCUUGAUAGAAAAGUGGAUGAACUCCCUUUCCCCAGAGAAAGUGUUAAGUGACAGUUUAGAAGGAGUGCAUGUUGAGACGAGCUCCAGUCUCUCGGUAACAGUCGCCACCAAAAAAUCCUCUCACUCCUGGAUCUACUCCUUGUUGUGCAAGCCGGCCAGAAAGCUGAACCGCGUCGCUCUGCUGUAUGAUGCUCACCGACCGCAUUUCUUCAUCACAAGCGUGUCAGCGGGGGAACAUCUCCAAGUUGUUCCUAAAGAGUCCCAAGAGUGGACUCCAAACGAGGAAACGACGGUGGCAGCAGACAAUGGACUUGAUCACUGUGUCUACAAGGUCGUGGUGGGCUUCAGCACAGAGAUCUUUGGCACCUUCAGGCAGACCAUUGUUUUUGAUUUCGGCUCAGAACCUGUGCUGAUGCAGCGGAUCAUGGUGGAUGCUGCCUCUAUUGAAGACCUGGAGCACCUGAUGGCAGCAAGGCAGCAGCUCUUGAUGACGGCGAAGCGCUGGGAUUCUUCAUGCAAGACCAUUGUAGGAUUCAUUCCCAAUGAGACAAUAGGUGAACUGGAGCGGAGCCUCCUUUCCCGCUAUCAGAUACCUCUAUCAGCUGACCAGCUCUUCACCCAGUCGGUCCUGGACAAGACUCUGACCAAAGACAACUACCAGGCCCGACUACAUGACCUGCUCUACAUAGAAGAGAUUGCACAAUAUAAAGAAGUUAGCAAGUUCAACAUCAAGGUGAACUUGCAGCUGGUCACCAGCUUUAUGCUGACUGGUAUUUCUGUUGGAGCCAAGUAUGCCCAGAAUGGACAGCUCUUUGCACGCUUCAAACUCACUGAAACACUUUCUGAGGACACGUUGGCUGGGCGGCUAGUGAUGACCAAGGUAAAUUCAGUUCUGCUGCUGCCAUUAGGCCGAGAGGGGUUCAGCAGCCACCAGCCACCUCCUGGGGUCAAAGAGCGUGUUUAUGAGGCUGUGAUUGAGGAGAAGACCAAGGACUACAUCUUUCUAAGGAUCUGUAAAGACUGCUGUGAGGAGCUGGGGUUGCUGCCUGACAGAGAAUUACAGGUGGAGCUCCAGUUUCAGCUCAACAGACUGCCACUAUGUGAGAUGCAGUAUGCCCUGGAUCGCAUCAAAGAUAAUAACAUCCUUUUCCCUGAUAUCAGCCUGGUUCCCACUAUCCCCUGGAGCCCUAACAGGCAGUGGGAUGAGCAGCUGGAUCCCCGUCUGAAUGCCAAGCAGAAGGAGGCCAUCCUGGCAAUCACCACACCCCUCUCUAUUCCCCUGCCUCCAAUCCUCAUCAUUGGACCCUAUGGCACCGGGAAGACCUUCACUCUGGCACAGGCUGUCAAGCACAUCCUUCGCCAGGACAACAGCAGGGUGUUGAUCUGCACUCAUUCCAACAGUGCAGCUGACCUUUACAUUAAGGAUUACCUUCAUCCUUAUGUUGAAGCGGGCAAUGUUCAUGCCAGACCUCUCAGGGUAUACUUCAGGAACCGCUGGGUUAAGACGGUCCACCCAGUGGUCCAGCAGUACUGUCUCAUCUCCAGCACACAGGUCACUUUCCAGAUGCCCACAAGGGAGAACAUCCUCAGGCACCGCGUUGUUGUGGUCACCCUCAGCACAUCCCAGUACCUCUGCCAGCUGGACUUGGAACCUGGGUUUUUCUCUCAUAUCCUGUUGGAUGAAGCAGCUCAGGCCAUGGAGUGUGAAACCAUCAUGCCUUUUGCUCUAGCUAGCAAGACCACCCGCAUCGUGUUGGCUGGGGACCAUAUGCAGCUCAGUCCAUUUGUGUACAGCGAGUUUGCACGGGAGCGUAAUCUGCAUGUGUCACUGCUGGACCGGCUGUAUGAGCACUACCCCUCUGAAUUCCCCUGUCGCAUCCUCUUGUGCGAGAACUACCGCUCCCAUGAAGCUAUCAUCAACUACACAUCAGAACUGUUUUAUGAUGGGAAGCUGAUGGCAAGUGGAAAGCAGCCUUCCCAUAAGGACUUCUACCCUCUCACCUUCUUCACCGCCAGAGGAGAGGAUGUCCAGGAGAAGAAUAGCACUGCCUACUACAACAAUGCUGAGGUGUUUGAAAUCGUGGAACGGGUGGAGGAGUUGCGGAAGAAGUGGCCAGUUGCCUGGGGGAAGCUGGACGAGGGAAGUAUCGGAGUGGUGUCGCCAUACGCCGACCAAGUGUUCCGUAUUCGGGCUGAACUCCGAAAGAAAAGAAUGCCCGAGGUCAGCGUUGAAAGAGUCCUCAAUGUGCAAGGUAAACAGUUCCGGGUGCUGUUCCUUAGCACUGUGCGGACGCGGCAUACUUGCAAGCACAAGCAGACAGCCAUCAAGCGUAAAGAGCAGCUAGUUGAGGAUUCAACAGAAGACCUGGACUAUGGUUUCCUGUCCAACUACAAGCUACUCAACACAGCAAUCACCAGAGCUCAGUCCCUGGUUGCGGUUGUUGGAGACCCAAUAGCGCUGUGCUCUGUUGGGCGCUGCAGAAAAUUCUGGGAGCACUUUAUUACCAUUUGUCAUGAAAACACAAGCCUGCAUGGCAUCACCUUUGAGCAGAUCAAGGCUCAGCUUGAGGCUCUAGAGCUCAAGAAGACUUAUGUCCUCAACCCACUGGCUCCAGAGUUCAUCCCCCGUGCCCUCAGGCCCCUGCAAGGACACCAGUCUUCUUCACAGGCUCUCCAUCCGCUUCAUCAUCCUCAUCCUCAGCAUGUACAGUCUGCCUCCAACAAGCAGGCUCUACAGCAGCAGCAGCAGCAGCAGCAGCAGCAGUCCCCUCCUAAGGGGAAACAUGCAAACCACACAGAGCACCUACCACCUGAAGGAUAUGCUCAACCCAACCCUGCUGUGUUGAUUGGAAAUCCCAUUCGAGCAUUCACACCACCCUUGGGUGCCACACCAGCUGGAAUGGGCAAGUCACCCAGCCCUGUGCAGAGGAUUGAUCCUCAUACAGGCGCCAGCAUCCUCUAUGUUCCCGCUGUCUACGGUGGAAACAUGGUCAUGUCAAUGCCUUUGCCAUUGCCCUGGCCAGGUUACCAGAACCGCUUUGCUGUGGAUCCUCGCAUCAUGAGCCACCCAGCGGCGAUGGCCUACAACUUGAAUCUGCUGCAGACACAGAACCGAGGCUCCCCCGUUCCUUAUGGUGGAGUAACACACCCAUCUCCUCUAGGGAUGGGCCAGCCCAGCCCUGAUAAGGACCUACAGGCUGACCCUGUUAGAAAUGGGAAAGUAGAAGGAUGUCCAAAGUCUGAGCAGAACCGUCUUCAGACUCCAGAGAAGAAAAUCACAGACAUUAAAGAGAAACAGGCAGAUUUAGACACUGGCCAAAGUCGAAGUCUGGAUUCACAGACAGAAGGGAUCAUUGGUUUCCCCAACACUCUGCUCCAUCGAAAAGACCCUUCAGCUGCUCAGAGACCCCUCAACUACCACCUGGCACCACCCAGCACAGCGUUUCCUCCUCAUCCUGCCAGUGGAAGACCCUUCACCCAACAGUAUCCCAUACCUAGGCUUCCUUAUCGAGUCAACCAACCCCAGCACCCAGGAAUGACCCAACAGAAUCAGCAACAGCAGCAGCUCAGUCCUGCCUACACUGGUGGAAGCCACAACGCUUCUUUUUUCACUGGCCCUGUAACCACGCACAGAUCUGUGCACUCACCAUCUGUGGAUGGGGCCGAGUCUGGAGGCGUAGAGGAAAUGAGUAGCUCUGUUAGGACUCCAAUGGGGCACCCAGGGGGCCACCACCCAGGUCUGUCUCAGCAUAACAGGAUUAGCAGCUUUGGAGAGGAUGGGCAGGACGGAGGCCUGGGAGACAGUUUGGAUCUCCAGGGUAGCUUGCCUCUGGAGGCCCUGACCCAGCAGCAGCAGCAGCAGCAGCAGGCUGCCAGACUGGGCCAGUGGGGGGAGGCGCCAGGCCCGUUCCUCCAGGGCGGUGUUGCCUUUCCUUUGCCCCAGCAGCUUGCCCACCUUGCUCAACCUGGAAUGGCUCGCUUCUCCCAUCAACUGCUUCGGACGGCGAGCUGGGGGCUCGGUGCCAAUAUGGAGGAAGAAGCUUUUCCCUCUGCCUCCACGGGUCCAGCUUUCACCAGGUACCCAGGCCUGUUGAGAGAAAUUCCUCCUCAGGAACAGCCUGAAUCCCGGGAAGCAUCAGAGAUGCAACCGCCGCCCCAGUCCCGUCUCCUCCAGUAUCGACAGUCCCAGUCCCGUGCCUCAGGUGACCCUUCAUCCUCGUUAGCUGCCGUCUCCAGUCAUGCUGCUGCUUUUCCAUCAGGACCUUACUCCCACGACACAGGUCGCAAUCUCCUUAAUGACAACCUUCUCAACAAUCAAGCUCUACAGCAACAGCACCCAAGGAAUCCACUUUAUAAUACUGGUAGCUAUCCACAUCAGCCGCCAGCCCAUUCUGGCAGCCCUCCUCCCUCCCAGGUCAAAUACCUUCUCCAAGAAGCCCAGUGGGCCCAUGGUGGAGCUGCAUCUGGUUCACAGCAGAACCACCUGUUUGGAAACCAGGGCCACAGCCUUCCUUACGGACUGCCAAUCAUAGCUCAUCCCAGCAGGCAGGAGCAAAUGCACCUGAUGCAACUUCAUCAGCACCACCAGCAGCAGCAGCAGCAGCAGCAGCAGCAGCAGCAGCAGCAGCAGCAGCAGCAACAGCAACAACAACAACAACAACAGCAGCAGCAGCAGCAGCAGCAGCAGCAGCAACAACAACAACAACAACAGCAGCAGCAGCAGACGCAACAACAACACCACCACCCACAUCAACACCAACAAAAUCAAGGUCCAGAGCAGGAGGCUUUCCACCCACUGUCCCCGAGAACACCAGCAGGCACGUCCCUUCACAGUGUAGAUGAGUAUGAACCCAGAGGUCCGGGCCGGCCUCUCUAUCAGCGCCGCAUCUCAUCUAGCUUCCCAGACGAAUCAUCUCCAGUCAACGCCGUCAACGCCCUGUCCCAGCAGUCCCAACCCAGUUCCUCAGACCCUCAGGACCAUCCACAAAUGCAGCAUCAUCAGCACCCCCAGAUGGCCUACAACUACCCCCCACACGACAACCUCUGGCCCAGUAACGGCGGGGGUCCCGGCCCAUUUCAAAACAUUCCAUCUAACGGAGCGGGCACCAUGGCUCAGCACCGGGACCUUCUGGCUUCCAAGGUCCUUCGUCAGACGGAUGAGCAGGUAAAGGCCGAGCCCACAGCAGCUCAGCAUCCACACACCAUCAGCUCUCUUCAGCACCAGUUUCCCCCUCUCAUGUCAAAUAAAAAGCAGCAACAGCUGCCGCCGCAGGGUCCCACGGAGCCCAUGCAGGCCGCUCCGAAUCUGAGCAAGCCCCCAACCAUGUCCUACGCGAGUGCCCUCCGUGCUCCACCCAAACCCCGGGCUGCUCGGCCUGAACAGGCCAAGAAGAACAGCGACCCCCUUUCCCUCUUACAAGAGCUGAGUAUAGGAAGUUCAAAUGGUAGCAAUGGGUACUAUUCCUACUUUAAAUGAACUUCACUUCUCCCUCAAAAAUGAAGAAAUGAGAAAAAAAAGAAAAAAAGAAACGAUAAAAAAAGUAAAAAAUAAUAAUAAAAAAAAAUCUUAAAACAAAAAAACAAAACAAAAAAAAAACAUUGUGCAAAGUUCAUUUACAAAUUGUUUCUAUUGGUAGAUUUGUUUUCUGUAUUUUUUUCCUUUAACUUUUUAUUGGUAACUUUUUUUCUCCUUCUGAUUCACAUAUCUGUGAAGAAGUCAGUAUAUAUAAUGAAUGCAUUACUGGUAUAUAUAUAUAUACAUACUCAUUAUGUAUAUAUGAAUAUAUACUUAUAUUAUCUACACAUAUAUGUACGUUAAGCUAGAAAAAAAAAAUAAAAAAAGGUUAUAAUAGAAAUAAAAAAAAUAAAAAAAGUAAGAUUCGGUUGACCACUUAGCUACUUGCUUAUUUUUACUUACUGAAGUUGGUUUUGUUAAGUGCUAGUAUGUCGACUUUUUUUGUUUUGUUUUCUUUAAAUUCUCAGCUUUGAGUGGACAUUGCGUCUUUAUUUCCAUGCUACUGUUGUCGUGAUAAUAGAUGACAGCUAAGUGGUCAACUGACAGAAACUACAUGGAACAGUGUAUAGAAGUAGAUACAUUUUCCUCUAAUCUGUACAGAUAAAGUAAAUAAAAGACUGAAACAUAUGCCACAAACAUCAUGCUAGUAUUUGCAUUAUGAGUUCCUGUCUGUUUUCAGCUUCUCUUCAAUUCUUAGUCAUCCUUUCCUGCAGAUCAUUUUCUGUGAUUUAGUGGUAAAUGUGAUUAUUUAUAGAAAAAUAUCUAAUAACAAAAUACUGAUUUCAUAAUUUACUUUUCACCAAGAUCUCACCUGGAAAGAUAAAUACAUUGUGAAUCCAUUGAAAUAGCAAAAACCAUUUUAUUCCUCAUGCGUGGACUUUGAAGUUCAGAGAACACGAGACGUUGCUUUCUGUGAAAAAACAAACGGCUUUGUUGAGUACUCAUGAUUUGUUUUAAGCUCCUUUUUUCAUUUUAUUUCACCCCAUUAAGAGAUUAAUUUUGUCAGUUCAUGUCACAUGACUUGUCAGGAAACGUCUACCAGGGAUGUGGUUUCAGUAAAAUGAUAUAACUGUUCUUUGUCACUACUGGGCAGUGAGUUUUAAUGUUGGUUUUUCUUUGAAGAGUUUGCAGUACUCUGAGGGUUUGUGUAAGUGAAGAGAGAGCGGUGAAGUCAGAGUGAUGUUUCACAAGUAGAGUGCCAUCACUGCUUCCAGUCAGAUGUUUUUGAACACACUGAAACAUUAUCACUCUAAAAUAUUCUAUCUUAGAUCUCCUCGUCACUUCGUAGCAAACAUUUACUGUUGGAACAGGGACAUUCCUUGUCAACAGUAGUCCCUGCCAUGGAUGUUUAAUUUAAUGAUUCUCAUUUACAAAUAUAGCUUUUAACAUUCUACUCAGAUACUACUACUCAGAUUAAAAUUAAUUUUAGAAAUAAAGGUGGCAAAAUAUUUGUUCUUGUUUUUUCACUAUCAAAACAAGUUUAGGGAUUGCUAGAAAAGCUGUAAUGUCAGAUAUUUGCUUUGUGUAAAUUAUUCUGCUACAACUUUUCGAAAUUUCACUCGCCUAAGCUAGAACGAUACAAACAUGUUUUUGCCCCAACAUUCAAAGCCACCAGAGCUCCACAGAUAUUGUAGUAACCAGCCUCUAUUACUGCUUCGUAAUACUGGCUGUGUAUUUAAUACUUUAUUUUAAUGCUUUAAGACACAUCUUUCUGUAUGCAGUGCCCUUUCAAACCACCACCACUACCAAUUUUCUUUUUUUUUUUGCCUGUAUUUGUCACAUGUUCAGCACCUUCUGGACAUGGGACAUGUUUUAAUCAAAAUUACAUGAUAGUACAUUUGGAAGAAGCCUUUUUUUUAACUCUUAAAGUGGUGCUAUAACUGACAAAUAUUGUAAGAUGAUUGCACUUGCCUGAUCCCGCUGUAAAAGUGGCUGUAACAUGAGUACGGUGCGAAGAACUGAUGAGUCCAUACUGUUAAUGUCACGGAUAUUUUUUCCUCAGUACAUCAAAGGUCCUUUGCUGUUUUCUCAAUAAGAGUCUUUAAAGUCACAGGUGAUAUGGUCUUCAUAUUAGUCAUAAUAAUAGCUGUACAUCCUUCUGGGUUUGAUAUUUGCACGCUUCCCUGCUAUAUUGAGGGUCAGACCCCUGUGUAUUAUUUCCAUAUUUCAUGAUAUUUUAAAGAUCAUUGCUUCUGCUCAAGAUUAAAAAGAAAAGAAAAAAAAAGAAGGAAAAACUGCCAAGACGUGUCUUCAAAAACUUCUGACUGUACAGUAUGUUCAAGUUAAGCCUCUACAUAAUAAGGCUGGUUUGGGAAUGUUGUGGAAAUUGUUCCUGGUCAUUCACAUCCAAUUGUCAAUUUGUGGAGUUGGAUGGAUGGAUUGAUCUGUGGAGAUUAAUCAGCAGCAGUUGAUCAGCCUCGUCCUGUUGUGUUGUGACAUAUCUGAUCCUUCAUUGCUUUUUAGGCGGCUCAAGAUGGGAUCGGUCACGUCUGAAUUUCAGUGGGUGGCUCAUUACUAACUGACGCACGUACAGCCACAUGCACAUUAAUUUUUGCGAAGGGUUAACCCCCAUCUCGUUUGAAGAUAAACAUAGUGUGUUUUUGUUUUUUUUGUUCAUAUUAAAACAAUGCUGGAAAAGUUCGCCUUGGCCCUCUUUGAGGUAAUUCGCUAACGUCUGAAUGGCCGCUGCCCGUCCUGCAAAUAGCUGAAAUGUUGAUUGAGCAGAGAUGCUUCCGCCUGUUGUUUCCUGGUUUCAACGUGGCAGUUGGUCAUCAACGCAUUUCUUUAGAAAGCCCAUUCUGACAUGUUUGAUGCAUUUUGAACAGUAAGCCGAGAGCUUCAUUAUGGACAUGGUUUUAUUUUGAAAUUUUGCCAUUUUAAUUAAAAAGGUCCAAAACUUUUUUGACUUAGCUGAAAACACAUACUUGUAAAUAUGCAUUUUCUAUGUAUUUACAAUCGACAACUUUGGGAGCGCCUCAAUUUUGUAGAAGCUGUUCAAAGAAGAGGUAUGCCCUUUUUAAUUAUGCAAAUUCACAAAACAUGUUAACUCUGGAAAUGGAAACAACCUGAAGGGUAGUUGCAACCUCUUGUUGUAACUUUUUAGACCUUUUGUUUGUUUGUUUGUUUUUUUGAAGAUGGUGUCUGGCUUAUUUGGCAGAGGAGAAUUUAUGUUGCAUAAAAUGACUUAUUUCACUGUACAAAACAUAUUUUUAAGUACCUGUUGCUGGAUUUGUCCUGUUAUGUUUUCUCACCACAGCUGUACAACAAUCAACAUGGAUUUGUUUUUAAAUGUGAAGUCUGUUUUUCUGUUAAUGCAUGUUAAAAAAUGGCCUGGCCGGUUUUUAUCCCUGUUUUUAUCAGUUUCUAUAGAUUUAUGGAGGAGGGCAAAGUUAAAGAAAAAAAAGAAAACAAAAAAAAAACAACCACUAAAAACCUUUAGUUCAGUCUAGAAAGUCAAAAUUUGGUAUAUUAUUUCAUGUGUACAAUAACUUGUGACAUUAUCAGCAAAAAUUGUUAUGCUACUUUUACUAAUGUGUCAUUUAAAAUGUGGUGGUCAUGUAACCCCUCCCUCCCCUCCCCCUGGUUUCUCCUCCGGUUAGCUGGCAGGGCUAGAGCUCAGGUUGCUCCCUGGCCAUCGUGAUGGGAAACAGUUUUCCACAAAGCAGUCGUUGGCUAAUCUCUGAAGUUGUGCAAUACUAAUUUUCACCGCUUCAUUAGCUACAGUUUUUUAUUUAUUUUUGAAGCAGAGGAGAUUGAGCCAAAGACAUUUUAAAGGGAUUUUAUCAAUUUUUUCUUGUUGCUUCUUCAUGCCUUUUUUUUCUCUUGUUUUUUUUUUUAGCCUUUUGAAAAUCAUCCUUUUUGAAAAAAAAAUACAUAAAAUAAUGAAAAAAGUAAUAAAGAAAUAAUGAUAACCUGAAAGGUCUCUUUGCUCUUACCGUUGAGUUGUAAAUGAUUUCAGCACUGUAACGAUAUCAUGACAUGAAUUGGAUGUUUUGCCUUAUAGUGAGAACAAAGUGGAACCAGCUUGGGUGUGGCCCACGGAAAGGGAGCAACCUUCUGCCCAGCCAGCAGAGAGCACUGUGUUCAGCCUUUUUCUAAACACCAUCUUUCCUGUUAUCCGUUGGCUCCUCUGUUCUCCCCCCGCUGCAGUGAAUCAAUGGCACACCUGUUUCCCCAGCUCCCCAGUCCCACCGGUUCCUCCCUCAUGGCUACACAAUAAUGAAUAGAUCGAUUUUACUCUUCUUCGUUUUAGUUGGUGGUGGCUAUACUAAAGGAUUUAGGCUGUGUUUUUAAAAGAUUUAAUUUCUUUUUUAUUUGUUUCUCUAUUAAAGUGUUUUUAUUGAAA